AUGGCUUCCAAUGGCACAGCAGUAGAGAAUGGCAAACAGCACAAGUUCAAUCCGAACUUCACACAAGCUGUCAUCAACGCUACAGGACCCAAAGCCACUCCGCGCGUACGGCAGCUCACAGCAGGCUUGAUACAGCAUCUCCAUGACUUCGCUCGCGAGAAUGAGCUCACGGUUGACGAGUGGAUGCAGGGUGUCGAGUUGAUGAACGCAGCCGGCAAAAUGUCCGACGACAAACGCAACGAAGGUCAGCUCCUCUGCGACAUCCUCGGCCUCGAAUCCCUCGUCGACGAAAUUACCUACAAGCUCGCCUCAGACGCCACCGAUGAGCCCACAUCAACUGCCAUCCUCGGGCCCUUCUACCGCCACAACGCACCCCAGCUGCCUAUGGGCGCAUGCAUCGUCUCUGAUGAAGUCAACAAGACGGGAGAUAGGACGUGGAUGCAUGGCAUUGUCACGGACUUCAGGACUGGAAAGCCCAUCGAGGGUGCGGUCGUGGAUGUUUGGCAUACCGCGCCGAAUGGACUGUACGAGCAGCAGGAUCCCAACCAACCUGACAUGAAUCUCAGGGGCAGGUUCACCACUGGCAAGGACGGAAAGUACGACUUUUAUUGCUUGAGGCCGGUGCCGUACCCGAUUCCUUUCGAUGGGCCAGCGGGCAAGGUAUUGCAGGCGUUGGAUAGGCAUCCGAUGAGGCCGGCUCAUAUUCACUUCUUGCUCGCUGCGCCGGGGUACAAACCUAUCGUCACGCAGAUCUUCGACCGGAAUAGCAAGUACAUUGACGACGACGCUGUUUUCGCAGUCAAAGACUCGUUGAUUGUGGAUUUCAAGCCUUUCCAAGGUGAUCCCAAAGCAGACUUUGAGCUGCCAUAUGACUUCAAAAUGGCGAGCUUCGAGGAUGCGAAGAAACACGGAGUCAAUGGCACGACUGAAGAGAGCGCUUGAGUAGUUCACUGAAUCAGAAAUACAGCAAUGUAAACCACCUC